AUGGAUCAUCGGAACGAAGAAAUACAACAGAGCGAAAACGAGGGAUCAAUGGUUGAUCCUCGGAACGAGAAGCAACAACCACCACCACACGCAACAACUAGUAGUGAUGAAUCAACAAAUAAUAAUGAAAUGUCUUGGAUAAUUUCUUCUCCAUCCUUAUUGCAGAAUGAUCCUGAAAUUAAUAAUGAUGAUGAAAAUCACAAAAUAUCGGAAUUGCAUUCAUUGGUGGAAUCUAAAACCAUGGAGGACUCUCACGAUUUAAAUUCCUCUACGAAAUCCAAUUCUUCUUUUUCUAGGGUUGAAACACCUCGGAAAGAAGAGAAAAAUUUUUCCUUUACUUCACCAACUUCACAAUCCAUUACUGACGAUUCAAAUCAAAAUACAAUUGUCAUUGAUCCAAUGUUAACAACGACACCAAUGUCAGAAAACAUGACCACACCAAGUUCAAUUGAGUCAAAAUCUGCUACCAGCAUCAGCUCAGCAAACACCACGAGUGGCAGACAGAGCUUGGGACCAUUUGAAUUACUCAUGCAACGACUUGGAAAUAUUUCUAACGAUCCAUUAGGAAAUAGUAUCAAUACAGCAAUUCCUAUUGAUGACAACAGUAACGAUUUCAAAUUGACGAGAAAACAUCCUAUUCCAAAUAAUAAUAACUUGAAUCAACAUAGCUCCUCUCAACUGAGUAUUAACCUUGUGGAUGAUAGCGAACUAGACCAUUUGAAUUUUUCAAACUCAUCUACUGCUAACAACAAACGUGGUAAUGGCAGUACAUUUUCCUUCGGAUUUUCGAGUUUCCCAAAUAUCAAACUACAGGACAAUCCUAUCUUGGGAUCUUCAUUUUUCACAAAGAAAGAAGAAAAGCCAUCAGAAUCAUUGGAAGUAUUGGACUGCACACGAUCCAAUGGGAUUAUCAAUUGCUCUCAAGAUGAAUAUGAGUAUGAUUCUGAAAGGAAGAUUAUGAAAUGA